AUGGAGCUCAGCAAAGUAGUCGCAGUCGGUUCGGACGAGACCCUUAUCUCCGAGGAGGGCCUUGACGCCAAAAAGAACGAAGUGACCAUCACUGCCGACCCCGAUUCUGCGCAGGCUGAGGGUGAUGCUGCUUCAGGCCAUAGCAGCCUCCGGCCGCCGCCCCUGACCUGGAAACUGGCAGCCAUCCUCCUUGUCACCUUCAUCGGCUUCGGAUCACAAUGGAGUGGAGGUAUUACGGGUGCGAUGAAGACGACGAUGAAGAAGGAGAUGAAAAUUGACAACACGCAAUUUGCCCUGCUGGAAGCGAGCGAGGAUUUCAUGGUCACGGCUCUCAUGUUGGUCAGCGGAAUCGUGACUGAUCGUAUCGGUGGUGCAGCUAUCGUGUUCCUCCAGAAUGUCACUGAACUUGCUGAGCAGAGGUUCGGUGUCAGUUCCAUCACUGCAGGGUGGUAUACGGCAACCUCUCAGUAUGCAGGAUUUUUCAUUGUACCACUACUUGGUGUCUUUCUCGACAUGUACGGCAACCUCAUUUCCAUCCUGCUAUUCUGCGGAGUCGGCAUGUUCACGCCAAUGCUUCUUCUGUGCUUCGGCGGCAACGUGACCGGUGCCGCUGCAUCCUUGGGCGUAUUUGCCUUUGCGUACUACUUUGGUCCCACGACCAUCAUCGACAGCAUCCGCACAUCCCUCUGGCACCCCUCUGCAUUUGGCUCUGCCUAUGCACUCAAGAUUACCAUGAGUAAUGCGAUGAAUAUUAUCGUACGGGUUAUUACCGGUGUUAUCCAGGACCCUGAUCACAACUCAUACGACAUCGUGGUUAUCGUAUACGCUGUCCUCGCAGGUGUGUCAGUGUUUGUGUCACUUGUGCUCGCCACCAUCGCUUGGAGAACGGUGGACCUGAGACGCCUGCAAUGGACUCGCAAGCAGCGCAUGGCUGGAUUUGAAAUCCUUCAGGAGAGAAGAAGGAGGUUCUUCGAAGAGGACCGCCAAAGAAAUAAGAAUAUCUCUAUGGAAGCAUUUGGAGCUUGCAUGCUACUCAUUCUGGGUAGUUGGUGUAGAUAUUUCUGGGGAGUUGCCACAGGAAACAACUCGUAG